AUGAGGAAGGUUGAUGAUGUCACGUCCUGGUAUCAAGUUGUAUGCAAUAGGGAAGGAAAGAAGAAGGGUGACGAAGAUGACCAGUUGAAUGCCCGGUCUGGUUUCACUAUUAAGCGUAGGAAUUUAUCUAAACGGUGUGGUUGUACGGCUAGUAUAUCCUUCAGGUUUUUCGCGGAAGAUUGCUUGUCAGGUUAUGUAAUUCAGGAGUUCAACGAGAUUCAUAACCAUCACAUGGUUGAGACGGAAUAUCAGCAAUUCAUGUCAAGUAAUCGCAAGUUGGAUGAUGUACAUCAUAAAUUCAUCCUCGACUGUUCCAAGGCUAAUUUAGGACCCACGCUUACAUUUAAGGUAUUGAAGGAAAUUCUUGGCGGGUUUGACCUAGUUGGCUGCACUGUUGGGGAUAUCAGGAAUGCCUCACGGGACAUCAAAGCAUAUGCACACGGAUUUGAUGUACAAAUGGUGUUGGAUGAUAUGGCUAAGAAGAAGGAGAUGUCCGAGGCGUUUACCUAUCACUACGAAGUUAACGAAUCCGAACAGUUGGUUGCUCUCUUUUGGUGCAACAGUUUGAUGAAGAGGAAUUACCACAUGUUUGGUGAUAUUGUGUCCUUCGACUCCACGUACUGUAUGAUCUUCACUCCUUUCACUGGAAAGGAUAAUCAUGGUUGUCCUGUGACAUUUGGGGCCGGGUUGGUGUGCAGCGAGAAAACAGGAUCAUUUGCUUGGUUGUUCAGACAUUUCGUAGAUAGUAUGGGUGUAGCACCCCGGAUGAUUGUUACCGAUCAAGAUUUAGGUAUGAGAUCAGCGAUUGAAGAGGCCCUAGUCGGCACACGUCACCGUUGGUGUAUGUGGCAUAUAAUGCAUAAGUUGGCUGUCAAGGAAAUAUUGGAUACGGCGUACUUCUGGGAUUUUCCUAUGGGAUCGAUGAUUAAGACAACGUCCAUAUCGGAAUCAGAGAACAGUUUCUACAAAAAUUUCCUUAAGCCCCGAGCUAACAUAGCUGAUAUCUACUUGAAUUUCAACCACGCCAUAGAAUUCCAGCGGAACAAUAGAACAGCGUUGGACUACCACGAUGCCACUGACAUACCCAUACUAGCAACUACUCCGCCGUUCGAGAAACAUGCUUCCACGUUGUAUACCGACAGCAUGUUCAAGAAAAUACAAGAAGAAAUUGUAGAGGGUAAUGACAUAUGUCGUGUGCUGGGUUUUAUAUCCGGAGAAACGGUUGACACAUACAAGCUUAGGGAUAGCAAGCGCAAUGCAUAUUUUGUCCGUCAUGACAAGACUGAUGAUACUUACUCCUGCGAAUACAAACUAUUUGGUCGGCAUGGUUAUUUGUGCAGCCAUAUAUUUUUCUUGUUUCAGAACAAUGAGGUGAAAAAAUCCCGGAUAAAUACUGUGAAAGCCGAUGGAUGA